CCAAUAUCGCAUCUCCAAAUCCGAAGACUCACAUGGCAGCAGCAGCAACAACAAUUCAAGAGCGCUGCCAUUGCAUAAAAUGCGCACCUUAAUACCAUCUUCAGUCUCUUCUCUUCAGCAAACAUUCUUCGUCCCACUUAAACCUACUUAUCUCUUUUCUCAUCAUCAUCAUCAUAAUCAUCGUCAUACUCAAUUUAAACCAAAACGUUUUCAUUUCUUCAAAACAUGUUCUUCUUCACUUAAAGAAUCUAAGAAACAAAUCUUACCUAAAACUUCUAAUACUCCACAGAGUUUAGGAAGAUUUGGUAACCCUAAAAAGGAUGAGGAAGAAGACGAUGAAAAGAGUUCUGAUGGUGGGAUUAAUGGGGAUAAUGCACUUAAAGGAACAGUUUUAGCUGGACUUUUACUUGUUGGUGUUAUUGGAGGUUUUGGUACUGUUGGUUAUGUUUAUAAAGAUCAGGUUAAUGCGUUUCUUACGCAGUUUUCCACUUUCAUUGAAGGCUACGGCACAGCAGGAUAUGCCUUAUUUGUGGCUGUUUAUGCUGGACUGGAGGUCCUUGCAAUUCCAGCGAUCCCUUUAACAAUGUCAGCUGGUCUUCUUUUUGGCCCAUUUACCGGCACUAUCCUUGUCUCCAUAAGUGGAACGAUUGCAGCAACUGUGGCUUUUCUCAUUGCCAGGUAUUUUGCUCGUGAUCGAAUUCUUAAAUUGGUUGAGGAAAACAAGAAAUUCCUUGCCAUUGACAAAGCGAUUGGAGAGAAUGGUUUCAAAGUUGUGACUCUUCUUCGUCUGAGCCCUUUGCUUCCAUUUUCUCUCGGGAACUAUCUAUAUGGGUUGACCUCUGUAAAGUUCCUACCAUAUGUCCUGGGCAGUUGGUUGGGGAUGCUUCCUGGAACAUGGGCAUAUGUCAGUGCUGGUGCAUUUGGCCGAGCAAUUAUUCAAGAAGAAUCUGAAGGUGGGUUACCCGGAGGAAAUGGCCAGUUAUUGACUCUAGGCCUGGGACUCUUAGCGACUGCAUUGGCUGCUGCUUAUGUUACGAAACUUGCAAAGGAUGCUAUGAAGGAUAUGGAGUAGAUACCAUAUGCAAGGUUAGCUACCCCAAAACCUAGUUAUGUGGAUACUAGAAUGAUCGACUAUAUAAAACAUAAAGUCAAAUGGCUAAUGGAAUAUCUUGUAAAUGAGUUAACAUCAUUCAAAAGCUUUAUCCAAUAAAAACUGAUCGCUUGUUCAAGUAUAUUAUGGUACUGUCAGUUAUAAUAGGUGUACCAUGAUACAGUGGUAGUGGUUGGUGACUUGUUAACAUUAUGAAAAUUUGUCCAAAAUUAUCUCAAGAUAGGAUUUGCAUAUAAGAAGAAAAAAAUUGUUCUCAUGGCCA